GCAAACAUGCAAGGAGGUGGACAGACCCCGGUGUUCGUGAUGAACACCGCGCCUGAGAGGCAAUCAGGCCGAAAAGCUCAGAUCUCGAAUAUUACUGCUGCCAAGACGGUCGCGGAUGUUAUUCGGACGUGUCUGGGGCCGAAGGCCAUGCUGAAGAUGAUCUUGGACCCGAUGGGCGGUAUUCUGUUGACAAACGAUGGAAAUGCUAUCCUCCGUGAAAUUGAUGUCGCUCACCCGGCCGCGAAAAACAUGAUCGAGCUUAGCAGGACGCAAGACGAGGAGUGCGGAGAUGGCACAACGAGUGUUAUCAUCCUUGCUGGCGAGAUCCUCGCACAGUCCCUCUCCCAACUGGAGCGCGACAUCCACCCUGUCGUCAUUAUUUCCGCAUACAACAAGGCCCUCAAGGAGGCACUAGAGAUCAUCAAGCGCAUCUCUAUCCCCAUCGACACGAACGACGACGAGCAGAUGCUCUCGCUCAUCAAGACGUCGAUCGGGACUAAGUUCGUCAUGCGCUGGUCCGACCUCAUGUGCAAGCUCGCGCUGCAGGCCGUGCGCACGGUCGCGCACGACGAGGGCUCGCUCAAGACGGUCGACAUCAAGCGUUACGCGCGUGUCGAGAAAAUCCCCGGCGGCGAGAUCGAGCAGAGCAGGGUACUGGACGGGAUUAUGCUCAACAAGGACAUCACCCACCCGAAGAUGCGCAGGCGGAUCGCGAAUCCGCGUAUAGUGCUUCUGGACUGCCCGCUUGAGUACAAGAAGGGCGAGUCGCAGACGAACAUCGAGAUCUCGAAGGAGGCGGACUGGGCGAGGAUACAGGAGAUUGAGGAGGAGCAGGUCCGGAGUAUCGUCGAGAAGAUCGUGGCGCUCAAGCCCGAUCUUGUCCUGACGGAGAAGGGUGUCUCCGACUACGCGCAACACUUCCUGUACAAGGCGAACGUAACCGCGAUCCGCCGCGUGCGCAAGACGGACAACAACCGUAUCGCACGCGCAGUCGGCGCAACGAUCGUGAACCGCGUCGAGGACCUGCGCGAGGCGGACGUCGGCACCAAGUGCGGGCUGUUCAACAUCGAGAAGAUCGGCGACGAGUACUUCACGUUCCUCACGCAGUGCAAGGAGCCGCAAGCGUGCACGAUCCUCCUCCGCGGGCCGUCCAAGGACAUCCUGAACGAGAUCGACCGCAACCUCGCGGACGCGAUGUCCGUCGCGCGCAACGUGUUCUUCGACCCCACGCUCGCGCCGGGCGGUGGGGCGACGGAGAUGGCGAUCAGCGUUGGGCUGCAUGCGAAGGCGCGCACCAUCACUGGCGUCGAGGGCUGGCCGUACCGUGCCGUCGCAGACGCGAUGGAGGUCAUCCCCCGGACGCUUGUGCAAAACAGCGGAGGCAACGCCAUCCGUGUCUUGACUGAGCUCAGGGCAAAACACGCCAACGGCGAGCACUCGUGGGGCAUCAACGGCGAGACCGGCAAGAUCGUCGACAUGAAGGAGUACGGCCUGUACGAGUCUGCCAGCGUCAAGGUACAAACACUCAAAACGGCCAUCGAGGCCUCGCGCGUGCUGCUCCGCGUCGACGACGUCGUGAAGGCGACGCGGAAGGACCAGGAACAGGGUGGCGGAGGUGGCGGAGGCGGAGGCGCGCCACCGCCGGAGGAGAUGAUGCAGGAGUAGAAGACUAGAGUGGGUCGCGGAGCAGUCCACCAUCCAACUUAAUGCUGUGUAAUAUCAUCCACUUGACUUCG